AUGGGGUGCUGCCCAGGGGAUUGCUUCACCUGCUGCACUCAAGAACAAAACUGCUGUGAGGAGUGCUGUUGCACACCUGCCUGCUGCGGCUGCUGCGGGGCCUGCUGCGGGGCCUGCUGUGGCUGUGGCUCUGGUUGUGGAGGCGGCUGCUGUGGAUCUUCCUGCUGUGGAGGAUCUGGCUGUGGGGGCUGUGGGGGCUGUGGGGGAGGUUGUGGAGGCUGCUGUGGAUCUUGCUGUGGUUCCGGUUGCUGUGGCUCCGGGGGCUGUGGACCUAUUUGCUGCCAGCCCUCACCUGUAUGCGACACGAAAUGA